CACACUGUGUCAGCCUGCGCAUAUUUUUUUUCCUUUGCAGCGUUGCAUGCAUGCAUGAGUGAGUGAGUGUGUGUAUGUGUGCAGGAUGCUAAGAUCUGGGGCUAUAAAGAAAGGGGGAGGGGCGAGGAUAAAGAUGCCUAAAAAAUAGAUGAAAAAGGAAAGAAGAAGGAUAUAUAGAAGAAAAGAAGAAGGGAAGAGUACGGAGAGGCGAAAACAGAUGCUGCGAAGAGAGUGAAAGUGAAAGCCACACUGAGGAGAGAUUGACAGGGAGUGAGGAGGAGGAGGAAGAGAGGAUCUGCUGGAGGAAACAGCACCGUCGUUGAUUUUCACAGGAACCAAGGCAGCUGUCUGUUGCCGUGACGAUGGGCUGCUGGCUCUCUGGUCCAUGGAUGGGUGACCAAACGGUGAGUGGGCGGAGUUUUGCACAUCUUAGUCAACGAGAUGCUCUGCGGAUACUGGCAGCCAGUCAGCAUCCAAUUACCAUGCAAAUCAAGGGCCAGAGGGGUCGUGGCAAAGACGCAGAGCGAGGAACCUGGGAACCCCUACCCCUCAACCUGCAGCAUCUCAACCUGCCCCUCCCAUUGAUGGGGGCGGGACUUAACGCUUCUAGCCCCUCAUACCAGGACAGACAUUAUUACAACCAUCUGUCUCUGCCACAAGACUGCUGUGAUGGAGGACGGUACAGCUACCUGUCCAACUCCCCACGGGACACUGUGGACAUCAGCCACCAGGACCUAGAACUAACCAGUCGUCGACCAAAGGGACAGAACUGCCUGAUGGGAUGCUGCAGUACCAACGUAGAUGAACCUAAUGGCUGUCACAGUCAGACAGAUGAUGAGGACUUCAUGCUGGAGAAGCCGCUGGGCUUCCUGCCUCUCCACCAUGAGCUGGACAGCGGUCUGGGUUGGACGGAUGGUUCCCUCCACCAGGGGGACCUCUCGGGACUGGAGACAGAGGAGGGAGGUCUGGAGGAAUGUCAUUCACAUGGGGCCCUUGCCCCUGGGGGUUGUGGGGGCUUUGGAGGUGGUGGCUCUCCUUCCUCUGAGUCUUUUAUUUCUUCUGAGCUCAGCGACUCUGGCUUCUACAGUGUUAGCACUGGAGAGUUUAGGCACUUCCAGAGGCUGCUGGAGAAGCGAAUGCGGCUGUACAAUGCCAGACUGCAACAUCAGGGCGACCCCUGCGAGAGGCGGGAGCGGCGUGAUAGCUGUCCUAAGAGCCACCGUGAGCUACUGGAGGCCAUCCCAGAGGCGCUGACUAUGCAACCGCAAUGUCAGCAUGUGCAGCUUGGGAUGGAGGAGACCGCCGGGCCUGUCAUGGACCUCCCAUCUCGUGGACUUUUCAGGGUUUCAUCAGUCCAGUUCCAUAAAGCGGACCGUCCCUGUCUGAACAAUCACAGCUCCAGCAGUGGAGCUCUGUUCAAUCCUUCUCAUGCUCACACUACAGUCUCAAGAUUGACUGCCCCAGUCCUCUCCACCUGCAGCACCCCAUCCAGCCACAGAAGACCACUAGUACCCAUGCAGCAACACCACCAGGGCUCCAGCUCAGUGGGGAUGCUGAGAAGAAGUCGAACUCUGCACCAUCGGCCUCCUCCACAGGAGUACCGUCGCAGGGCCAGCCACCCAGCUUCCCCCUCCUACUGUGCAUCAACCCUGCACCACUGUGGAGUUGUCGCACCAGGCAAUGUCCUGCCGCAAGGCCUACCAGAGGAAGUAGAGCUAGUGGCAGAUAUGAUGCCUUCCCACCCGGCAGGACUGGCCCUCUCACACCAGCAACACCCCGCCAAUUUGGGGCAAAUGAGGGGUGCCAGCACCCAUGAGAGACACCUUGACAACAACUCUAAUGGCCAGAUUGCUCACCACGAUUGGUGGCACUCACAAGAAAGAACCUUGAUAAAUGAGCCAGUGAUAACAGAAAGGGACAGAGAGAUUGAGAGGGAACUGGAACAGCAGCGGCAAAUCCAAAAAGAGAAAGAGCUGGAGAGGGAAAGGGAGACAAAGAUUCAGGAGGAGAUGGACAGAGAGAGGCAGCAGGAGUUAGAGAGGAAUCAAGUCAGAGAGCAGCAGCACCUACAGAUUCUGGUCCACCCUCCUCAGGCUGGAGACAUCAAUGACACCUGGCCGAAACCAGCCAGUCGUCAGUCCCAGGCCGGUGGGGGAGGCAGAGGUCUCUAUAGCACCCUGGAGGGCCACAUAGGGGUGGGCACUGCUGCUGGAUGGGAAGCAAAGAAAGGACACACACAUUUGAGUUCAAGCCUUAAUCCCAGUUCUAGUCUGCAGCCAAAACUUAAUCCAAGCUCCAAACCCAACACAACCUCACGGAGCUCCAGGAGUCAGCUUCUGAGAGAUCGGGCAUCUCAACUUGCAGAUGAACGCAGCGGGAUGAGUACCGAUGAGGAGACCAACACCGAUAUGCUGAUGGGUCGGUACUGGAGUCGUACAGAGAGGAGAGAACAUUUCCUGUUGGCCCGUGAGCAGAGGCAGCAGCAGCUGCAGGCCAGAGGGACCACACGAGACACCGUCAGCAGGGGAGGAGUCAUCAUAGGAGGAGGAGGAGCCUGUGUUGGAGAUGGAAGUGUGCUGGAAAGCAGAGGAGUUGGACCUUUUGCAGAAGGGCGGUGCAACACAGUCCUGGAGCUGAGUCAACGGAAGCUGAGUCGUCUGAGGAACAGGAAGCUGCUGGAUGACUGGACGACAGUGGAGGAGCUGCUGACUCACGGAACCAGGCUGGACAACCAGGAGGACAUGUUGUGUCCCAGCUCCCUGCUGACGGUCACCACUGUCUAACUGCAUGGACCCAUGUCUAACUGUAACACUGUGUGUGAGUGUGUGUAACGUUAAGUUAACAAUACAACAUUGAAAUAAACCUUCUUGUUCUGUCCAUUCCAGAGUCAGAUGUGAAGAUGGAUAGCAGUUUCAUCCUUAUGUGUCCAGUACAGAGCUAGGUCCAGGAUGAAUUUAGCCUAGCUUGGCACAAAGAUUAGAAGCCAGAGGCACCUGCUAGCUUAGCUAGCACCUAAAAAAACAACCUUGCAACAAGUCCAAAGCUGUGUGUUGUGGGAAGUUUUUUUUCUUCCAGUCUUUGUGAUAAGCAAGGCUAAACAAGGUUGGGCCCUGUUUUACAUAAAUGUCUGAAUUAAUCUAACAUAAUGUUAUCCAACUAAAUAAUCUAGUUAAUUCUCAUCUAGCUAACUUGAUUUGUUAAUCUUUAUUCAUCCUGAUUAAUUUCUUAGUCUUGUAUCUUAAAUUAUACUUUCUGCAUCUGCAUGAUCACAAGGGUCUGCAUGCUGUAAACUCAUGCUCAAACAUAAGCUGUGCAUCUGUGUGGUUGCAAGGACCUGAAAGAUCUUGCUUUCAACUAAUCACAUGCAUGUAGACCACUAUGCGGAUGUCAUACAGCUUCAAAAUGUAUAACCACACAAACUGUUUGCACUACAGCACAAUGCGCACUGUUUUCUUUCCACACUGCUGUCCACUGAAUGUUUCAGAGACAGCUGUCCAUUCUGUACCUGAGGCACAAACAUAAAACUGAUGUCCAUCUUUUCAUAUGACUCCGGUGAAGACAGAAAACAAGAGGAUUUAAGGAAAUGUUGGACUGUUUCUUUAUCAGCUGUGUGAGAGAGGAAACCUCACUGUCAUUGCUCUACUUCACCUCAACUGAUAGCUUUAUGUGUGGGUGUGUCUCCACUGUACAGCAUUCUGGAUAAAGUGUGUGUAUUGGUGCAUGAUGCUUGUAAUGAGAAACAACUGAACAAGGUCAGAUGAGAGACAAUAUUUGCAUCAUAUGUGUCAUGUAACAUCUUAUGCUAUAAUAAUUUCACAGAUCCUUUGGCAAAAUUACAAAAAUUUGAGUUUGGAUUCAAAUCCUCAAACAGACCACGAUCUUUCGGGGAGCAAUACUGUUCUGUGUGACGUACCUGGCUGCGCACUAAUGACAGAUUACAUAGAUCUGCUUUUUCACCAGGGCCACAGAACACAUCUGCUGUAGCAAUGCAGACAAUGACAUCUGAGAUUUGCUACCAAAUCCUGAAUGGCUUUUAAAAAAAAACUCUGUUUACAAUUAAAGUAUUAAUUGGUGGGAGCUUUUGUAGUAAUGAAAAGAAAAAUGUGAUUCACUUGCUUGUGCAACUUGUUCAACAUGCUGCAUUCAUGUCAUAUUUUACAGAACAUAUAUGUCAAAAAACAGUCAAAAAUUGCUCAUUUGAAUUAAUGUUCUUGUAUCUGCUGUGAGCACCAGACCUAUUUCAGACAGCGUUGCCACUGCUUCCAUUGUUUUCACUGUAAACUCCAUGGGAGGCAGCAGCAGGGCGACACACUUGUGCACAGUUAUUUGUGAUGAUGGCUGAACUUUUGCAAUGUGCUGCUGCAGCCUGCUUUGUAACCAUGGCCACUAUAAUCUACUGUCAUACAUCUAUGGUGGCUAGUUACAUGGUUUACAUGGUCUCAUUGAUUAUAAACCUCUUCAUCAGCAAAAAUAUGAAAUAACAUAACUGGUCUUUAAGGAAAGUCAGUUUGGUUAUCCAGUCUGGUUUACUAAAUUAUGUUUAUGAUAUCAAUUAGCUAAACAUACUAUUUUAUGUGCUUAAUGUUUCUAACCAUUCUUUAUUUUCAGCUCCAUCUCACUCGUCUAAGUGUUUCUGUGUGAUGAGAUCAGAGUUGAUGGAUAGCAACAACUUGACUGGAGGUAGCUAGCCAAUAGCUUCCCGCUGACGCCCAGUCAAAAUGCAAAACACUAAAUUAGUUGGGUGGCAGUAGCAGCUUCCUGCCUGAAAAAAUUAUGAAGGCACCAUAAUGCUUGAAUGUUCCAAAGUGGUAAUAACUGUUCUGCUGACAUGGCAUGAAUGCAGCAUCAAACUCUUGGCCCUUUAUGGCAAGAGGCUCCCUGUUCCUGCUUGUGUCUUUACUGUUGGCAGGAUGUUUACAGAGCUACCUUCCCAGGUAACAGCUUAUGCAUGUUUACUGAAAUCUACAGUGAUGCGUUGGCUGUGGAGAUUAUUCUACAGAAGAGAAGAUACACCUCAAGCCAACUUUAUGUUAGGGUGUCCAGAUGGCUGAAGCGCCUCUGCAGUCAGGACAAACAGCGUUGUUGUUGUUCACAUUCCACUACAAGCAGGUAUGGUGUGAGUAAAUCUGAAGUCUACUGAUUCCAGGUCUGCAGUUUGAGAAAAUGUGCAAUAAUACCUCAAGCUAGACAAUGGUGUUGUAUGCCCUGCCUGUCAGGUUUCCAUCAAAUGCAGUAACUUGUUUUAAAUCAAACCAAUGCACAAUAGUGACAAGUCACCACAAGUGCACAGUGACCCUAGAAUCUAACACGGCAAGAGUAAUGGUGAUGUAGACAUUUACAUCCUUUACCUUGUUUUCCAUGAGAGAGAAAGAAGAAAACAACUUUUUGCACAUAAUUUUUCUACGUAAGAUUUUCCCUGCCUUUCUGCACCAGGGACUGAGGCCAGUGGAUCGACUGUAGAUAGAACGACAGUGUGUGUUGAUGUUUCUUUAUAAACUAUCACAAUUAUUUAUGAAAGCAAAAAUCAGUUUAUCGUGAUUGUGUUGGACAUAUCUAAGUAUUUUUCUUGUGAUGGUUACAAAACCAAUGUGAAAAGUUUCUAUGAUCUUUAAAAUCUACUUUAAUUACUUAAAAUCUGGUGAAACUUUGAUUUAUCAUUUUCAAAAAGUGAACAUACAUUGUGAAUAUUAUUGUCUCUUUAAAUAGCUAAAUUGAAUUUUACUGUUGUUUUGUGUCAUUAUGACAUGUACAUAUUGAUUUUGUCAGAAGGCACAGAUGAGGUUGGAAUCAAAAACAGGACAUGCUGAUGCCAUCAGACACCUCCACUGGUUUAUCAUGUGAUUCUGUAGGCUUCUAGCUGUGUUACAGAGACUGUAUAUACAGCACAGAGAUGAACAUUGUAGUAAUAAUACAUUUAACACUCACAAUAUAAUUCAUAGAAAAUGGUUCAGUUUGUUCUGAAUGCCAACUGUGGCAUCCAUAAAUUAUGGAUAGGAUCACUGACUGCUUCAUGCCUAAAGCUACAGUAUGUAACUUAAGGUAGUACCAGCAUGAAAUUCCAAUUCAACCCACUCUGCUCCGCCCAGCGCUCCCUCUCCCUGCUCCAUCGUGCUCUACUACAAUCUGCUGCGCUCCAUCAUGCUCUGCCCAGCUCUUCAAAUAUUUGUCAUUAUGAAAUUACCAUUGAUGAGAAUAGAACAAAAUUUACUGAUCAAGCAGAGAAACCUGAACAUUUCUGACUGGUUAGAGAGGGCAAUCCCACUCAAAGCCUUUUAGAAGCUAAUAUCUCUGCACUGCUGCCAGUGCUAUUCAAUUAGUCUCGGGUCACAAUAAGCUUCGACAGCACCUCUUCACAUUAAGACAAGGUUUGGAGCAUAUUCCUACAAUAAAAAUAUUUGAAAAAGUUACAUAUUGUAGCUUUAAAGGAGCACUAUGACAUUUUUGUCUUCUUCUUGGCCAGCUUCUCCAGAGUCAGAUGUUGUAGAUGGACUAUAUCAUUAAUGUUAUUACAGAGAUAGCUAAUAUUGACUAAUUAGCAUUUUAGAGCUAGACGAAAAGUCAUGGUAUUUCAAAAAUUACUCCAAUUCCAGGGCGCCACGGAAUCAAAUUUCUUGGAAGUCUAUCAAGUAGUUGAGUUAUUUCAGUUUGGACCAGUGAUGGUGGACGUCAAAACCCCCAUCUGAGCUGUCAGAUUUACUGCUGUUAGCUAAUAAGGUAGUCAUCACUCUCACAGAACAAAAAUUGCAACACAACAGGCCUUUUUACAAAAGACAUUUUGACUUGUCAUAGGCACAAUAAUAAAAUGAAGAAAGGCUGAAUAACAUUUAGCUCCUGGCAGACUGGCUGUCAUACUGUCAUGGCUUAGUGGGGCACUUGACUAGAACAGACCCACUGUUAAAUGGCUGCUAGGAGUUGUCAUGUUCACUGAACAAGUACUGUAUGUUAUUAUACGAGUCACUAACAGCUACAAAUGCUUGGCAACAUUUAUGUGUAAAUGUUUCCUACCAUGUUCCCAUUUGUCAUUCCGCAGGCAAAGGUCUGAUUGGCUUGGAAGCAGCACAAUACCAGAUAAUCACUCUCAGUGGGGUUACCAGCCCUAAUCAAUGAGUGUGAUCAAAUCAGAUGGUUCUGGGGUUUUUUUGGAAAGGUGGAUUUUUCUCUUUUUAUUUGAUGCAGUUCCCCUAAGCUAAGUAUGUCCUGGGCCUCUCCCUGUACUGGAUACACCGACAUGAAACUGAUGUCCAUCUUCUCAUCUUACUCUGUGGAAACCAAAGAACAAGAUGAUUUACAGAAAAAAAAUUCUUUAAACACUGAGAAUCAGAGAGAAAGAUUUUGAAAUCAAACCUCCACCCGGUCUGUUUCCACAUUUUCCCUCUCUCUUGGCUAUGACUCAAACAGUCUGAAUAAUGGAUGACGAAGAGACUUUUUCUUCCCACCCGCCCCCCUUUCACUCUUUUUGCUUACGUUACACAAGGACACAGAGAGCUGAAAAUAGCGCUGCUGUCCACACAGGAUGUGAAAUUAAAAGCACACUGGAGCGGAGAGGCUUGCUAUUGGGGGACUCGACACUUGUUUUACUCCAUCUGACAAUCGCUCCAUCCAGCCUGAACACCAUCUCCAUCCAUCUGUGCAAGGGUACUUUUCACUCCAGCAAGCUUUUUGGAAUAUGAUGAUGUACAUGUGAUUGUAAUAAAG